AUGUUUCGCCGCGGUGGGUUCCGCCUCAUCGGAUCGGAGGGGGGGGCCUUCGUCUCCCGCAUUCACGACGCGUCCUACCUCGAGCACCGGCUGGCGAUCCUGGGCAAACCGGAUCCGGGCCUGCAGCCGAUGAAGGAGGAGGACAUCAAGCGAUUCACGACGUCGAUGGGGUCCUCCGAGGCGUUGUUUAACAAACUCGCGGGGACCAUCCCCACCAACGUCGUGGACGAGGAGACCGGGCUGGUGAUCGGGUGCACGCAGCCCGACCCCACGCGGUAUGGGGACUGGGAGGUCAACGGGCGCUGCUAUGAUUUUUGA